CUUCGAGAGGCCCAUCUGACAACUCACCAACUUACGGGCCGGAAUUUUACCUCAAAAGUGCGUUAAUUGACUGGAAUAUAUCAUUCAAGAUCAAAGAUUCAUAUUCGUAGGAACAAGAAUAUAGGGCUUUCGCAGUCAUGGCAAGUCCUCGUACUAGAAGAGUGCUGAAAGAACUCAAAACAAUUGACAAUAACUUUUGCUUUGAAUGUGGGACUAAUAAUCCCCAGUGGGUUAGUGUAACGUAUGGUAUAUGGAUAUGUCUGGAAUGCUCGGGAAAACACAGAGGCUUGGGAGUCCACCUCAGUUUUGUUCGCUCAGUUACUAUGGACAAAUGGAAAGAUAUUGAGCUUGAAAAAAUGAAAGUUGGAGGAAAUCGAAAGGCAAAAGAAUUUUUCAAGUCCCAGCCAGAUUACAAAGAAAACUGGAGCUUACAAGAAAAAUAUAACAGCAAAUGUGCAGCACUGUAUAGAGAUAAGAUCCUGACUGAGGCCUCAGGCAAGCCAUGGUCUGAAGCAACUUCCUCGGCCAAGAAUUACGUUCCCUCCAUGCCCCGUAACUUCAGCACUGGCAGCCUGCCUGCUGGUUCAGGAGGGAGCCGCAGUGGGUCCUCCUCCAACUUGCCCAGGACAGGGAGUUACAAUCUCAGCAGUAAUCAGGGGUACCAGUCUCAGCAGGAUGAUAUGGAAGCGUGGUUGAACAGUGAAUCAGUGGUCAAACAGAAGGAAGAUUUUUUCAGCAGGAAGUUAGAUGAAAAUGCCAGCAGGCCAGAUAAUCUCCCACCAAGUCAAGGUGGCAGGUAUGUAGGAUUUGGCUCGACUCCCAACCCGCCCAAAAGAGAUGAGGACUUCAUGGCAUCUUUGUCAUCGGGUUGGGCAUCUUUCACUCUUGGUGCAUCCAAGUUUGCUGCCUCUGCGUCAGAAAAGGCGAGUCAACUGGCAAGCACAGCAGGACAGAAGACUAAAGAAUUGGGUUCAUCACUGAAUGAAACUAUUGUAAAACCUACCAGGAACAAGGUGUCUGAUGGUCAUUUGUUGGACAAUGUAUCUUCAUCUGUAGGCAACUUUGCCACAAAGGUAAAGGAUGGUUCCAUUCUAAAUGAAAUGUCCACAGGAAUGAGCAGCUUGGCAUCAAAGAUCUCCAGUGCCAGCACCAAAGGCUGGAAGGACAUUAAUCAGAUGUUCAGCAAUGAUAGGCGAGCUAUCACAGCCAAUGAUGGCGGCCCAGGGGAAGGGUCUUCACUGCUGGGAGGAGGCGGCUAUGGUUCCACCACAGGAAGUAUGAGUGGUGGGAACAAUGCCCCUCUGUUAACUGGGGAUGACUGGUCAGGAUGGGAGGAUGAGUGGGGAGAGGGAGGUGCCAAUCACAGCCAGGAUGACCAGAGACUGACCUCCAGUCAAGAUGACGGCUGGGGAUCCUGGAAUGACGAGGACAGUAAGAACACUGCCUCUAGGGAGGACGGCUGGCAAACGGAAGACUGGGGGGCACCCAUUGACACAAAACCCAAGUCGUCUCCAAGUAAGACGAAAGGCAAGGCUAAAAACAAGGAGUCCAAGAGUAAAAAGACAAGAGAACCUGCAACUGCUAAUUUGAUUGACUUUGGAGAUGCCACAGCCACUAAUGGCAGCAGUGAUGCUAACCCUAAUAUGGGGUGGGAUAAUGAAGUGUGGGCUAAUGAUGAUGACGCUUGGGAAGCACUGGAAGUGGACACAAGUAGUAAAAGCAAGCUGAAAAAGGGAGAUUGAUGAUAAAAAAAAACACUGGUGCAUUCAUCUAGCAUGUAAUUUAUGAUUAGACUUAAGGAACUUGUAAUUAUUAUGUAAGUUCCAGGCCAAAAAAGGGCUGUAACUAGCUAAUGAACUGGUUAAACAUGUGCCUGGAAAAUUGAAAAAAAAAAAUGGCUGCUUCAUUGUGUAACCUCAUGCUUUUGCAGAAGAAAACUAUAUGUAUAGAUCAAUUUUUCACAGAUAAAAUGCAUGCAAUUGCCAUAUUUAGGUAUUACAAUUCCCAAUCAAAAUAUUUUAACUAUCUUGAACUUAAGCUUGUAAUAUUUUAACUAUCUUGAACUUAAGCUUGUAAGCUCCCAGUUUAAUUUACAACAUUGCAUAAAAGCUGGUUUGAUUCCAGUGUGGUUCAUGUUGAUCCUCAAAAUUCUCCUUUUACAACCCACGCAAAUAAGAGAGUAUUUAAAAUUAGCAGAAUUUACAGAUAGCCCCAUUAAAUAUGUUUUAACAAGUUCCAUGAGCAACUGCAUGUGGCUUGUGGUUACCCUAAUUUUAUAUAUUACUGUACUUUUCAUCAUUAUUCUUAUUAAUAAGCCAAACAAAAAAAAAAAAAAAUCAAAAUUAGAAUGUAAUGGGCAUUUUUGGCUUUAUUUUCACUUGUGAAGAAAAUGCUGAUUAAAUAUAUCCUGCAUUUAGUCAUGGGCUCAAAAUACAAAUUGAAGGGCUGUUCCGUGUAAUAGUCUAGGUAUAGUUAUCUUAUUAGUCAACAUGUACUGGCACACUAGUGUUGUAAUAUUGUCACAGUAAAUACAGUAUUAACUAAUUGAAAAAAAUUUAGUCUUGGGUAAAAAUCAGUGAAGUACAUGUAUAUUAUUUGAUGUUCUCAAACUUAUAUGAUUGUAUAUGUUAUGAUAUAACUGAAGGGUCUCAAGUUUACUUAUAAUAUACAAGUCCAUCUUUUCAAGCCCAUGUCAUUCCAAAUGAAAUAUGUACAGAGUAUAUCUAAGAACUAUUUUGGUGACAAUUUUUAAAGUAUAUAAUAAAGUUACGACAUAUAAGACUGUAAAUAUUACAAUUUCAGGUGCAAGGUUUGGCUUCAUAAAACUGGGAAAAGUGUUACAUGAUAGCACUUAUAUUGGUAAAAAUAAAAAUUGACCAAUAUAUUUGAAACAGGG